UAACCCCCCAGAAUCAUUACUGACUCAGAUUAACGUAUACGAAGAAGAAUAUCAAGAUGAUCUGGAUGAAUUUCAUAUUAAAGUUCAUGAUCUUGUGAGGGACCCUAGUGACCCUACUACUAUAAUUUUGGAUCUACUGAGACAAGUAGAGUAUGACCAAUCCUUAUAUCCUCGCGUGGUGAACUCUUUGAAAAAUAUGUUGAGAAUUGCUUGCCAGGAUACAAGAGAAUCGUUCCAAGAUGAAAUUUGGACAAUGGUAGAAAUAUUUCUAGACCGAUUUACUACGAUCUCCAACAUUAGAGAAGAAUGGCAAGAUUUUCUGAGAGACUAUCAUGAUUCGAUAGAACACAUUGUCGGGAAAUAUCAUUUUACUAAUUUAGAAUUAAUUGACGAAGAA